UCAUUCUAUUGUUUCUUUGAUUUUUUAGUAUUUCAAACAAAAGCACCUCACAAAAAAUAAUGCUGAAGGCUAUGUCUGUUGCGCGCCUGGCUUCGUCCGGCAUGACCAUGCGUCAAUCCGCUGCCAAGCCCAUCGCUGCCGCCCUGUCGCGCUCGUACUCUAGCGCCGUCAAGGGCCAGGUCAUCGGCAUUGAUCUCGGCACCACUAACUCGUGCGUCGCCGUCAUGGAGGGCAAGACCCCCAAGGUUAUUGAGAACGCCGAGGGUGCUCGCACCACUCCUUCGGUGGUUGCCUUCACUGAGGAGGGCGAGCGCCUUGUUGGCACCCCCGCCCGCCGCCAGGCCGUCACCAACCCGCACAACACAUUCACCGCCACCAAGCGCCUGAUUGGUCGCCAGUUUGACGACUCUGAGGUCCAGCGCGAGCGCAAGCUUGUCGCCUACGAGAUUGUCAAGCACACCAACGGCGAUGCCUGGGUCAAGAGCCGCGACAAGACCUACUCGCCCUCGCAGAUUGGCGCCUUUGUCCUGACCAAGAUGAAGGAGACUGCCGAGAGCUACCUCAACACCAAGGUGCACAACGCUGUCGUCACCGUCCCCGCCUACUUUAACGACUCUCAACGCCAGGCCACCAAGGAUGCCGGCCAGAUUUCCGGCCUGAACGUCCUCCGUGUCAUUAACGAGCCGACCGCCGCUGCUCUUGCCUACGGCAUGGACCGCUCGGACGACAAGAUUAUCGCCGUCUACGAUCUCGGCGGUGGCACGUUCGACGUUUCCAUCCUCGAAAUCCAAAAGGGCGUCUUUGAGGUCAAGGCCACCAACGGCGACACCUUCCUCGGCGGCGAGGAUUUCGACAACCACCUCGUCCAGUUCCUCCUCGAGGAGUUCAAGAAGCAGCACGGCAUGGACCUGUCCAAGGACACUGUUGCCCUCCAGCGCCUGCGCGAGGCUGCCGAGAAGGCCAAGAUUGAGCUCUCGUCCACCAACCAGACCGAGGUCAACCUCCCCUACAUUACUGCCGACGCCAAGGGCCCCAAGCACUUUGUGCACAAGCUCACCCGCGCCAAGUUCGAGUCGAUUGUUGGCAGCCUCGUCCAGAAGACCAUCGACCCCUGCCGCAAGUGCUUGAAGGAUGCCGGCCUCGAAAAGUCCCAGAUUGGCGAGGUUUUGCUCGUCGGUGGCAUGACUCGCAUGCCCAAGGUUGUUGACACUGUCCGCGAGCUCUUUGGCCGCGAGCCCUCCAAGGGUGUCAACCCUGACGAGGCUGUCGCUGUCGGCGCUGCCAUCCAGGGCGGUGUCCUCGCUGGCGAUGUCACUGACGUGCUCCUGCUCGACGUCACCCCGCUUUCCCUCGGCAUUGAGACCUUUGGCGGUGUUUUCAGCCGUCUGAUCAACCGCAACACGACCAUCCCCACCAAGAAGAGCUCCACCUUCUCGACCGCUGCCGACAUGCAGACCUCUGUCGAGAUUAAGGUUCUCCAGGGUGAGCGUGACAUGGCUGCCGACAACCAGGCCCUCGGCUCGUUCCGCCUUGUUGGCAUCCCCCCGGCACCCCGCGGUGUUCCCCAGAUCGAGGUCACCUUCGACAUUGACGCCAACGGCAUUGUCAACGUCUCUGCCCGCGACCAAAAGUCCGGCAAGGAGCAACAGAUUGUCAUCCAGUCGUCUGGCGGCCUGACCAAGGACCAGAUUGAGAAGAUGAUUCGCGACGCCGAGGUCAACGCUGCCGAGGAUCGCCGCCGCCGUGAGGACAUUGAGGCCCGCAACCAGGCCGAGACCUUCCUCCACGACACUGAGAAGAGCAUUGCCGAGUACGGCGAGCAGAUUGGCAAGGAGGACAUGGAGAAGGCCAAGGUCGACCUCAACAAGCUCCGCGACGGCAUUGAGAAGAAGGCCCCCGCCGACGAGAUCAAGAAGCUCCUUGGCGCUGCCCAGCAGACCAGCCUCAAGAUCUUCGAGGCCGUCUACCAAAAAAAGCCUAACGCCUCCAGCAGCAGCGACAGCAAGGACAAGACUGUCGAUGCCGAGUUCAAGAAGGACAACUAAUUGACAAUUGGUUUGGAAAGAGGUUGUUUUUUUUCUUUUUAUGCAAAAACACGUUGAAACACAAAAAAAUACAAAAAGUAAUAGUUAGAUGAGCA